GUGGCGGAAGCUAGUAUACUGUCAUGGCGGACGCCGGUGUGAAAAGCGACAUACGCUCGAAUAUGUGGCGACCGGGAGCUCUGCAAAGUCUACUUACAUUCUUUAUUUUAUCUCUAGCUUGGCUUGUUGGAUUUAGCUCUCGAUUAUUUGCUGUCAUUCGAUUUGAAAGCAUCAUUCACGAGUUUGAUCCAUGGUUUAAUUACAGAGCCACUCAUUAUAUGGUGCAGCAUGGUUUCUACAACUUUUUGAAUUGGUUCGAUGAUACAGCAUGGUAUCCUCUGGGAAGAAUCGUGGGGGGAACGGUGUAUCCUGGAUUGAUGGUAACCUCUGGUACAAUCCAUUGGGUCCUCCAUAUGCUACAUAUUCCAGUGCAUAUACGAGAUAUAUGUGUUUUUUUAGCACCAAUAUUUAGUGGAAUGACAGCUAUUGCUGUCUAUUUCUUCACAAAAGAAAUAUGGAGUGCCGGGGCAGGCUUGUUCGCUGCCUGUUUUAUUGCCAUUGUACCCGGCUACAUUAGCAGAUCGGUGGCAGGCAGCUAUGACAAUGAAGGAAUAGCUAUUUUUGCUCUUAUGUUCACAUACUAUUUAUGGAUAAAAGCAGUUAAAACAGGGUCCAUGAAUUGGGCCAUUUUUACAGCUUUAUCAUAUUUUUAUAUGGUGUCUGCGUGGGGAGGUUAUGUUUUCAUCAUUAACUUAAUUCCAUUACAUGUGUUUGUUCUUUUGUUAAUGGGAAGAUAUUCUAGGCGUAUUUACGUAGCAUAUUCAACAUUUUUCAUUGUGGGUUUAAUAUUAUCAAUGCAAAUUCCAUUUGUCGGGUUUCAGCCAAUCAAAACCAGUGAACAUAUGGCCUCUGCUGGUGUAUUUGGUUUAAUAAAUGCCUAUGCUGUUAUAAAGUAUGUGCAUUCCUUCAUGACCAAAGCUGAGUUUAAGGUUUUCUUCUUCUGUGCUGUGGCUGGAGCAGCAGGAGUUAUCUUCCUUAGUGUUGUUGGCCUGACAUGGGCUGGAAUUAUCCACCCCUGGAGUGGUCGUUUCUAUUCCCUGUGGGACACAGGAUACGCUAAAAUCCACAUUCCUAUCAUUGCCUCGGUGUCGGAGCAUCAGCCCACUACCUGGGUCUCCUUCUUCUUUGACCUUCACAUCCUGGUGUGCGCAUUCCCGGCCGGUGUGUGGUACUGUGUGAAACACAUCAAUGAUGAAAGAGUGUUUGUGAUUCUGUAUGCCAUAUUUGCCAGUUACUUUGCGGGUGUGAUGGUGCGUCUCAUGUUAACUCUAACACCAGUUGUAUGUGUUCUGGCUGCCAUAGCCUUCUCCAAGACAUUUGAAAUCUAUCUCAAAGAUGAGACGCCUAAAUCCAGUAGUAAAGAAAGCAAAGAAGAACCAGCCGAGAGCAAAAAUGACAGGCUUUAUGACAAGGUUGGUAAGACCAAGAAGACAAAAGAGGAGAAACCAAAGGACCAGGAUGCCAUGGGGAUGAACAUAAAGACAAUCGUGAUCAUUGCCCUGCUGAUGAUUCUGAUGCUGUUCGCUGUUCACUGUACCUGGGUGACCAGCAGUGCAUACUCCAGUCCCAGUAUCGUGCUGGCUUCUUACAAUCACGACGGGAGUAGGACAAUCUUGGAUGACUUCCGUGAAGCGUAUUAUUGGUUGAGACAGAAUACGGAUGAGAAGGCACGGAUCAUGUCGUGGUGGGAUUAUGGGUACCAGAUAGCGGGAAUGGGGAACAGAACAACGCUUGUAGACAACAAUACGUGGAAUAACAGUCACAUAGCUUUGGUAGGUAAAGCUAUGUCUUCUAAUGAGACAGCGGCCUAUGAAAUCAUGCGUCAGCUGGAUGUGAAUUACGUACUUGUCAUAUUUGGGGGCGUAAUUGGAUACUCAGGUGACGACAUCAAUAAAUUCUUGUGGAUGGUCAGAAUUGCAGAGGGGGAGCAUCCAAAAGACAUCAAGGAAUCGGACUACUUCACCCCCCAGGGUGAGUUCCGGGUGGACUCGGCUGGUUCCCAGACAUUACUCAACUGUCUGAUGUACAAACUGUCAUAUUACAGAUUCGGGGAAUUACAGCUGGAUUUCCGCAGUCCGGCCGGCUAUGACAGGACAAGAGGAGUAGAGAUAGGUAACAAGAAUUUUAAACUGACUCACCUGGAGGAGGCGUACACAUCAGAACACUGGUUGGUGCGAAUCUACAAAGUCAAAGACCUAGAAAACAGAGAGAAAGUGACAAAACCAUCCAUACCAGCUCAAAAGUGGAAGAAGAAGACAUCAAAAAAGACAUCAAGGAGAAAAACUGGCAGCAUUAAAAAUCAGCCAAAAAUAGUGAAAGGAAAGAGAAGAUCGGGGAAGAAGUAAAGCAAAGACCCAGGCUUAGCAAGAGUUGUCUUUCCUGAUCCAUGUUAGCUUUUUGUGUAGGGACCAGUGUGCAUGGAAAUGUCUGAAGUUUUUUUUUAAGUUGUGAGAAAAUGUUUCAUUAAAUGUAUGAAUUGUUCAUGAAUGAAUAGAUUAAUUAUUGUAAAAAAAAAAGAUAACACAAAUGAAUCAAGCAGUUCCUUACCUGAUUGUAAAUAAGUUCUUACAGUUUUAUAAUGAGGUAUGACAGUGUGAGUAUUGUGUUUAUUUCCAGUUAGUCCCCUGUGUUGUUGUUUUCUGUUGAGGGAGAGUAGAGUGUUAGACUCUGUGUUGUAUAUUAAUGUUUCAGUUAUAGACUGAAAGUGCUAUUUAUUUUUAAUCAGGCUUAUCUAUAAGUACACCAUUAUCUGUCCAACAUUUUGCUUAAUCUUUCCGGUAUGUAGUACUUCGUUUGUUACACCUCACCACCCUGCGCAAUUUUGUAUACUCUUUUUUUUUUCUAUUAACCUACCUGUACUUAAUGCAUUUAUAUCAUGCAUUGUCCAUACUUUACAUGAAUAGAUGCUACAUGUGUGACAGUGAGCUUGGUAGAAAAGUGCUCAUUUAGUCUCACUUCAUUUGCUCAGCAGUAUGGAUCAGUGAUGGACUAGUUCGUAGAGUGUUAAUGUACAAGACAGACUGACAUAUAAAUGAAAUCAAGAAUAUGGAGGAUAAAUGAGUCAUGUCAGCAUGUUCACGAAAACAUAAAAUAUACAUCACAGUUUUUAAUUGUUUUGACCACUUUUAGGUCAUACUGUCCAUUUAGUAGCAUAUUUCAUUUUGAAAACAAAAGAAAAGAUAUAUAUAUUUUCUUGCUUAGGUUGAAAAUAAACAAGGAAUGUAUAACAUUUAUCAAUUUUUUUAAUAAAAUUUAUAUGUAGCAUUGUUUCAAAUUUUCAGGGUUAUCAUACUGGUACCUUUGGUUUAAAUUUGAUUCUUUCAUCAGAAGCUGAUAGGACAUUCAAAUAGAAAAAUAAAAUGUGUUCAUUGCUAAGUUAAAAUGUCAUUCAUGGUUUUCUAAAUCAAGAUCACAAGUUUUCUCUCACAACAAUUGGCCAUAUCUAGUCAUUUCAUUGUAGUGAGAUCAAUGGACGUCGUACUCACGUUGAACUUCGGUAAAUAUACACAUAUAGGAAUACAUUUUACUGAAAAACUUGCCUCCAGAGAGCUGUAAAUAUUUCUGACCUUCAGCAAUGAAGGGACUUUUGUUGUUUUUACUUUGUAUUAUUUUCCUGGUUCUAAUAUAAAGGGGUGUAUGCCGUACGCAGUCGGUUCCUGGUAUGGAGUGUGUAAUAAGAAUCAAAAUGUUGUGUUAGAGUUUUGUUGUUUUGUCUGUUCAGUAGAUGCCAUCUCUGUUUUAACGAGUCUUAUUAAUGUGCAAAUUAAGCCAUAUGAAAGAAUUUAUUUAAAAUGAUUCAUUAAAUCUCUUGAAAUAUUUUA